CAGCUGUAAUUUGAGCCUCUUAAAAUGCUUCAAAACUCACCAAACUUGGCACACACAUUAGGACUGGCAGAAAUUGCGAUCUAAUGAAAAAAAAAAAAAAAACUCAAAAUUGCGCUCUUGCGCAAUUUUUUAAUAAAACACAGAAAAAACUGCUUCGAGGAAGAAUACACAGACAAAACUGCUUGUAACUUCCGGUAGGAAUGUCAGAGAGUCCCUACCUCAAUUUGGAACUUUUUUUCUCAUCAUGUAUUUCCGAACCUUGGAGGCCUAAAAUUUUUUAUAUUGUGGAAUUAUAACAUUGAUAGAAUUCCUGUUGCGCUCUCAAACUUCCACAAACAAGCCCUUCUAGCAUGGUCUCUUAUAUACAAGCACCAUUUUUCACCUACCAAAUAUUUCAUCUGGAACAAUAAAGACAUAUGUUACAAAAGGAAAUCUAUUUUCCUCAACAAUUUGUUCUACAAUACCAUUGAUUUAGUGAGUCAGCUUUUCAAUAAGGAAGGUCACAUUUUUAUUUACCAAUAAUUUCUUAACCAUUUUAAAAUACCGAUUAUUGUUUUUCUUUAUUUUUUUGUACAGGCGUGAAACAGGACAGUCGCGUGCCGGUUAGGGACCCCUGCGACAGAGAGCCAAUCACAGUACCUCUCUCACGGACCCCGGCGACAGAAAGCCAAUCACAGUACCUCUCUCACGAGUCACAACCCCUCUGUAACCAAUGUAGGUUCGUGAGAGAGGUGCUGUGAUUGGCUCUUUUUUCUUUUUUUCAAUCACAUAAAUACCCUGCCUCGCCCUUUUUAGAGUUCUCUCUGAUCUCAUUUCCAGGUAAGUUGCUGUUGUUUUUUUUCUCCCCUUGUGGUUUGGCUACAAUUGUUCUUUGCUGACAAUUAACAAAUCAACUUUGUUCAGUAGUUCAUCAUAUUCUAGGGAUCCUACAUAAAUAUAUCUCUAUUGUAUUAUCUUUUGUUCAUUAGUUGGAGGGGUUUGGUUGACCGGUAGCUACUAUGUUGUAGGACACACUUCUUAAGAUGGCUGCCGGCUAGUUCGAAGAAUUUAUGACAAUCCAUGACCCAUCUGGUAAUUUCGUUGACAUCCAUCCAGCAGAGUUACAUCUUCAUGUUUAUAAGGAAGAUAAACAUCAAACAGCUGGAUUAUUUAUGUGAUUUUGGCCCAGAUGGAGACUUUUUGAUGAUAUUUUUUCCACUUGGAGAAAUGGGCCUCUGAUGAUCUGCACGUGUUUUUGACUAAACCUUACAUAUUUUUAAUGGGCGGUUAGCAUCGGGUUUUAAUCCCGUUUCCUCUUAUGUUUCUGGUCCGAUUGAAUUUCUUUUUAUGGCGAGUCUUUAUUUAGGGUAUUUACAUAUGGUGUCUGAAUGUUGUGGCGUUUUAAGGCCAUCUGCACUUUGUAUGCUACAGUUAAGGGUAUAUUACAGUGAAAUUAUUUUUUCCAUGCUCUUCUGUUUUUGCGUGCAGUGGGAUCCAAUAACUUGUUGCUGAAUCUAAUACACUGUUACAAAAAAUACAACAAUUUGAUUAGCUCUGAUGUACAUUAACAAUAAGUUGCACAGAAAAUUUCAUUAGUUAUGGAACAAGUAUCUGUACAAGUAAAAGUAUAGGAAGUAAUGAAUAUUAAGGUGUCUACUGUUCUUUUGGCAGUUGAGUAGUGACAGUUGUAUGAACAGAGAUAAUCAAACGGUAUGACUUCUUUAUAGUCUUGUUUUUACAUUAUUUACAGUCUUUGAAUUCAGAGUAUUGUAGUCCGGUAAUAUCCGAAAAUUAUUUUAACUAAUCAUUUUAAUUAUGAUGUCAGGUUUGGUACAGGUGUGAUGCUGGUGUGGCUACAGUGUGCACGUCUGAGGUUGCUCACAUGUGCUCCACUGAAUUCUCAGGGAGUUUGUGCGUUUGCUCACAAACAUGCAAAAUUUGAGGGAACAUUGGCCACUGCCCCUCUUUUUUUGUCUUGUAUAUGCUGUGUGCGUUUACAGCAACUGCUUUCUGGUCAUUAUUAAUAAAAGAAUAUGCUAGAGAUGUUCUGUAGCAGUACUGAGGUCAUUUGAAUGUUAAUGCUGUUAUAAGAGGAUGUCUUUAAUGCGGUUUGCCUGUUUUACAACCCUUUUGAAAGUGCAAGGUUAUAGAAAUAUACACAAUUUGCUGUUAAAUAGAACCUAUGUCUAUUCUCUGAUUCCAGGUUGUGUGCGCUGCUUCUGGUGAUUUUUUUCAGAGUUGUGAGCACCAAAAUUGACAGACACGCAUAUACAUAACAGAUAUACAUAAAUCAAACACUGACACACUCACUGAAAAAGCACACACACUCACUGGACACACAGUUCCUGCUAAGAUGCCGCGUGUCAAGGGCCACAGGCGGGCACUAGCUGCCAGGACCAAGAUGGCAGAGCGGCAGUCAUUGACCCCCGUGCCUCCUGUCCCCGAGUUCGUCGCUCGACGUGGCACUGGCUUCCGCCACCGCGUGCGAAGGUGGCCGACUUCGGUCCUGACUGGCCGUCAGGUGAAGUUUGUCCCUCCAACUUUCCACCCGGAGAAGAAGACUGUCUUCGUCAUCGGCUGCUCCCACCUGAGAGGCCUGGUCGAUAAGGAUGUCGUCUUACCCAAGGUACCUCUCUCUUUUUCUUUUCUGUCUGUUCCAGGUGGAGGUGCAGCUGACCUGAAGAAAGAGGUGGGGGGCCUGCAGUUCACGUGGACCCCGGAUGUCGUCUGCGUGCUGGCCCCGAGCAACGACCUGAACCGUGGGCCCCUCUACGCUGGUCAGGAGUUCGGCAUGCUCCUGACCAGUGUCCGCAGCCGCUGGCCCAAUGUGUUUGUUUUGGACUUCCCCCCGCGUCUGAACAAGCCCGUGGGCCUGCAGGAUCGGCUGCGUCAGGAGCACCACCGUGUCGCAACACGCAUGGGUCUCCCAUAUGUGGCUGUGGCCAGCAGUUUCCCGCUGGAUCGGUUGGAGCUGUGGUGUUCGGACGGCGUGCACCUCAGUGACACAGGUGGCUCGCCCAUCCUGGUGAAGCUGUUGUGCGACGCUGCGCUCACCCUGUUCGCACCUGACCCCCCUGCGUCUCCUUCCCUGUUCGCACCUGACCCCCCUGCGUCUCCUUCCCUUCGUCGGACGGACGGCCUAGAUCCCCGGACGUGGCCUGGGGUUGGUGAUGAGGGAAAGAUGGCCUACGUCACUGCAUCUGCUGAUUUUUGGAGGAAGAUGGCAGAGCGGCAGUCAUGGACCCCAAUGCCCCCUGUCACAAAGGUCCUCGCUCGGCAUGUCACUGGGACGUCGCCACCUGCCCAGGUGGUGCCUGUGAUGGGGCCACAACCCCUGCCCCAACGCAAACGCCGCCACAAUCCCCAGAGUUGGAUCACGGUUGGACAGAAGGGAAAGGCUGGAACACAGCCGGUGCAACAGUCUUUUCCCAUCCCGUCCAACCCUGUGUGGUUCAGCAGUCCUAUCUUGGAUGCCAUGGAGGAGUUUGCUCCUUCCUCUGACUCUGACCGCACUGCUAUCCCACCACCUAGCGAGCAGCCCAAUCAGGGAAGCCCAGACUUCCCCUUCCUGAGCCACUUCCACCAGCUCUUACAGGGGACCACGAGGUGUUCCCUGGCCUGCUGAGAGACAUAGUCUCUUCAGCUUGUCCUGGGUUUUCCUUGUGGUCUCCUACCGGUGGUACAUAUCCUGAACAUCUCAACAGGAAAGCGUGCUAAUAAAAUUGCCAAUUGGAGUCAUCUUAGAUGAAAAGUUGAAAUGGAAAGCUCAUAUAUUGCAUGUGAAAAAUGUUUCUAACACGGAUUUGUUUUGAACAAGGUUAAAUAUUGUUUUCUGUAUAACACAUUGAGAUUUUUGCUCAAUUAUCCUACCUUGUUUCAAUUAUCGUGCAGUAAUAUGGGGAAAUAGAUGUCCCAGAAAUAUAAUGCCUUUAUUUCUUCAACAGAAAGGAGCCAUUUGUAACAUUUUGACAGUAGGAUUUAGAGACCACACAAAUCUGCUCAUUAGGUCAGGAUUAUUAAAACUAAAAGAUAUUGUAGAAUUGAAUACUCAAGUAAUUAUGUUCAAAGUGAGAAAUAGUUCUUCCGAAGCACAUAUAAAAGUUAGUUGUGUUCACAUCUGAGGAUGAGAACCAUUGAAGGUCGUAUGACUUUAAACAUCCAAGAGUGCAAACAAAUUUGAAACAAAUGUGCUUGUCUGUUGGUGUGAAAGCAUGCAAUUCUCUAAACAAAGACUUAAAGAGCUGUAAGAAUAUUAUUGCUGUUAAAACGAGUUAUUAAAAGACACAAAUGGAAGCAUAUCCAAAUGAUUUUUGCUUUACAUUGGACAUGUCAUUGUGGAAAUGCUUAAAGGAAAACUAAUAAGUACGUUGGAGUUCAGGUGUUGGUGGAGGGAACAGUUAUAGUUUGUGUUAAAAGGUGGCAGAUAAAUAGAUGAUUCUUCCAUCUGCUCCUUUCUGAUCAUGGAAAUGUAUAAAACAAAAAAGAGUCAAUUUUAUGUGUCAUGUAUAUAUGCAUUUUCAUGAAAGGGAUAAAAAUUGAUGAUGAUGGAAUGUUGGGACGUUUUUAUCAGU